UGGCGAGGAGGGAGGGGAAUGAAAAAAAGGCUCUGUGUCGCUCCAGGAAACAAUUGCUGAUGAUUUGCUGAGGAGGAAGCAAACUGCUGGAGUUGGUGUGUAUAUAGUUGGAGCGCUGUGGUUUCAGAGUUACUGUGGUUGCCGGGUAUCUCACAGCCUCCACAGGAGCAGCCACACUGACCCCAGGACGGAGGAGUGACAGGACGUCUGGAGGACGCUGUUGUUGGUCUCCAACCCCCGGGUCACAAUGAAGGACCUGUUCCUUCUGCUGUUGGUGCUGGUUCCAGCGGUACAGACCAUCCAAUCCCCGGACAGAGAGUAUCACAGGAUCGACACGACCAGAACCUGGACUGAAGCCCAGGAACACUGCCGCAGUCACUACACGGAUCUCGUGAGCAUCCGGAGCCCAGAGGAGAAGAGGCUCAUUGAUCCCCUGUUUGUUGGCGGUCAGUGGGUCUGGAUCGGGCUGUACAAUAAUGACCAGACUGAGGUCGGCUGGAAAUGGUCAAGUGGAGACAACGUCAACUAUAAUCACUGGGGAUAUUGGGAACCGAAUGAUUACAUGUCCGGAUCAGUCUGUGUCACUGUGCGCAACAGUGGAGAUGGUGAUAGUGUUUGGAUUGACACUGAAUGCCAUCUCACAUACCAUUUCGUCUGUUUCACAGUGCAGUUGAUCACCAAUUGUCACGAUCCUCACCUUCCCGUCAUUUGCUCCAACAAACACGACGACAGAUGUUUCCUCCUCUUCGCAGCGGUACAGACCAUCCAAUCCCCGGACAGAGAGUAUCACAGGAUCGACACGACCAGAACCUGGACUGAAGCCCAGGAACACUGCCGCAGUCACUACACGGAUCUCGUCAGCAUCCGGAGCCCAGAGGAGAAGAGCCUCAUUGAUCCCCUGUUUGUUGGCGGUCAGUGGGUCUGGAUCGGGCUGUACAAUAAUGACCAGACUGAGGUCGGCUGGAAAUGGUCAAGUGGAGACAACGUCAACUAUACUCACUGGGGACAUAGGGACCCGAAUGAUUACAUGUCCGGAUCAGUCUGUGUCACUGUGUACAACAGUGGAGAUGGUGGUGGUGUUUGGAAUGAUGGUGUCUGCGACACCAAACGCCCUUUCCUCUGUUUCACAGAGAGAAAGACACCAACAACAGCUCCGUCCACUGCCGCUCCUGAAACCGCCCCAUCCACAGCCGCCAGAGACACCUUCACCCCAUCACAGAGCCCAGCGACCGAGCCCACCUCCCGCUCAGAGCCAGAUAGACAACCAACACCCUCUCCCCUCCCAGUGAGGCCUUCAACCAUCGAGGAUCAGGGAUUCUGUGAUGAUAACCCUGAAUGCCAUUUGGUGCCUUUAACUCUCAAGAUCACUUACAAGGGAAAUCCUCCGACUCCUGAAGAAAUUGAGCGAUUGGAGGUGUCGCUUUGGGGCCAGUUACACGAGAGGCUGAAGAAAGCGUUCCCCAACUUGACUUUCGGGAGAGUGAAGCCCAAGGAACGCUCUGCUGACAAGAAUCCCUGAGGGACGAGGGUACCGGGAUAAGGAAAGGCCAGCAAUGCCUGGGCACAGCUUGUGUCCUGUUCUCUCAGCAGUUGCUGCCUUACCCCUGGCUUUAGAGGGUGUUAGGAAUGCUUGUGUUUCUGCCUCGUGUUGUUUGAGGCGAUGGUGAUGGGUUAACACUUGAGCUCAGCUUUACCCCAAUGUUGUGACAAAGGGAGUUAUUUUACCGCUUGCUUAUUGUAAUCCAAUAGUUGUGAUUUUACGCGUUGUUUUAUUGUGCGGCUAAGAAAUGAGUAGCGUUAUAUUUGACUUCCCGAGCGGACACGGGCUUUGCUUCCCGUCAUGUGGUUCCUAUAAUAAGUAGUUUAGAGAUAAACGCUCCUCUGACGUGGAGUUUUGAAUGGAUUGAUUGGCAUGAGGGGUGACAGCAAUAGAUGGAGAUUGAAGUAUGUUUUUUGUUGUUUGAGCCGAUGGUGAUGGGUCAACAUUCUCGCGAUCAGCUUUACCCCAACGUUGUGACAAAGAGGGGGUUAUUUUGCCACUUGUUUAUUGCAAUCCAAUAGUUGUGGAUAAUCCGGAGAUAAACAUGGAAACCGUUCGCGUUGUCACCGUGUGCAUUUGUAUCACCUCAUCUGUAACGUUCCGAUUCCCAUUAAAGCUUCUUGAACACAAA